AAUAGUUUGCCUAAUGGGCCCUCAUUUGGCGGGCAAUUAAACCUGGCACUUCUCAUUGGGCCCUUGCGCCACGGCCACGGGGAAUCAGCUGCCAGCUUACUGCCAUGUGGGAGCCGGCCUGAGAUUCCGGGAUGGGGAUCCAAAUGCUAAUUUAAACGGUGGGGUGAAGCCGCCGCUCACGUUUUCUGCAGCCCUGCUCUCUGCCGGCCGAACAAAGGCCCGCUGGGGUGGGGGUGGGGUGGGGUGGGGGGCGGCCCGGCUGAGACCUGCCCUGCUGUGGCUCGCUUUCCCUCGGAGGAUUCUGGAAUCAUGCCCGAAAUGCCAGAGGACAUGGAACAGGAGGAAGUGAACAUCCCCAGCCGGCGGGUUCUCGUCACCGGGGCCACAGGGCUUCUCGGCAGAGCCGUGUACAAAGAAUUCCAGCAGAAUAACUGGCAUGCAGUUGGCUGCGGUUUCCGGAGAGCAAGACCAAAAUUUGAACAGGUUAAUCUGUUGGACUCUGCUGCGGUUCAUCACAUCAUUCAUGAUUUUCAGCCUCAUGUCGUCGUCCACUGCGCGGCGGAGCGGAGGCCAGAUGUCGUGGAGAACCAGCCAGAUGCGGCUUCUCAGCUGAACGUGGACGCUUCUGGGAACCUGGCGAAGGAAGCAGCUGCAAUCGGAGCCUUCCUGAUCUACAUCAGCUCAGAUUACGUGUUCGAUGGAACGAACCCCCCUUACAGAGAGGAGGACAUACCCAGUCCCCUAAAUCUGUACGGCAGGACGAAACUCGAGGGUGAAAAGGCUGUCCUGCAGAACAAUUUAGGAGCUGCCGUCCUGCGGAUCCCCGUGCUGUACGGCGAAGUGGAGAAGCUGGAGGAGAGCGCCGUGACCGUCAUGUUCGACAAGGUCCAGUUCAGCAACAAGUCGGCCAACAUGGACCACUGGCAGCAGCGCUUCCCCACGCACGUCAAGGACGUGGCCAGCGUGUGCCGGCAGCUGGCAGAGAAGAGGAUGCUGGACCCGUCCAUCAAGGGGACCUUUCACUGGUCCGGCAACGAACAGAUGACCAAGUACGAAAUGGCCUGCGCGAUCGCGGAUGCCUUCAACCUCCCCAGCAGUCACUUGCGGCCUAUAACCGACAGUCCUGUUCUGGGAGCACAGCGUCCAAGGAACGCUCAGCUGGACUGCUCCAAAUUGGAGACUUUGGGCAUUGGCCAGCGGACGCCCUUCCGAGUUGGAAUCAAAGAAUCCCUCUGGCCUUUCCUCAUCGACAAGCGGUGGAGACAAACUGUCUUUCAUUAGUUUGUGUCUGUAAUUUUUUUUUUUAACGGAAAGUAUAUAUAGUAUGUGGCACUUUUUAAAAAAAAAAAAGUAGUUUUGUAUGCGUGCUGUUUAAUUGUGACUCAGACCUUUCAGGUAAAUGAUGCUCUUGCACUCGUGAAAUUGUCUAAAGAAGCUAAGGAUAAUAAUAAUGCCUUGUUUGAAGUAAUGAUUUUUCCCCUUAUCAUUUUGUAUGUCCUGGCUUUACUUUCUAUUUGAGUAUAGUAAAUUAUGAGUCUUGACUAUUUGAGAGCCAGGACAAAAUGGAUCUGCUGUAGAGUUUUUUUUAAGUUUUGUUCUUGUUUUUUUUUUUUUUAGGUGGGGUGUGCGUGCGUGCGUGCGUGUAUGUGUAAUGAAUGCAUUGUUAAUCUCUAUAACCUUUUCCUUUUCAGAGUUUUCUGGGGGGGGCAAGUAUUGACACUUUUAUGUUUUAAAAGUCAGAUACAUAGUAUGAGAAUCAUUGAUGUUCAUUAUCUGCUUUGCUUGAGCUCAGAUCUAAAUGUUUGAAGACAGAGACUUUAUUUUUGCAACUUUCGUGUUGUUUCUAUGCUUGAGAUCUUUGAACAGUUUCCAUGUGUCGUAACUCCCACAGCUCCCCCUCGGGGGCCUCAGCUCUCCGUGGCAGCACACGGUGAGCCCCUGAGAGAAUGCGCCUGUGUAUUUUUGUAAUAUAUCCGAAACCUGUCAUUUACACUCCAUGUCACUCAGCAUUGAUGUGUCUGUGUGACAAUCCUGAUCAUAAUGGGCCUAGUAAGUCUUCUGACCAUCUGACCAUUCGUGAAGAAGGAUAAUAAACACUUCCUAGUGGCAUGACGA